AUGUCGUUUCUGACAAACCAAGAUGCAUCCACGGUUGCCUCGAAUCUCUGCAUAGUCGCAUCGUUUGCGCUACUUCUCUGGGACACAAUCUUGUGUUUCUUUGAGGAGACAGAGCUAUUUAUUCUAUCCGGUCACAUCACUCUUCCGAAAUGUCUAUUCUACAUGGCGCGUUACGGAAGUCUGAUUGAAGCUUUUGUGACCGUAUUUCUUUCUACUUAUGACGUGAACACCAAGGCAUGUCUUCAUACUAUGAAGAAGCAAUCAACCUGUAUUGUGGCCACUCGAUUUCUCAUUGCGCCCCUCAUCAUUCGCACUAUUGGUAUCAGUGGGGUUGGAUCGUUUACUUCAAGGUUUGCCAGUGAAACACUAUUUAGCGAUAAAUCAACAGAUGUAUGCUGGUUCCUACGUAUGACACAUAAUAUAACUAAGCUUACCGUUAUACACUCAAAGGUUACCUAUUGCCCACCACGUGUAGCCUUUCAUGUUGUUGAAGGUCAAUACAAACUCCUGGAUCGGCAAUGGAAGAGCCAUGAUAACUCCCUGGACAAGGGUGUAGGUCAUUUGCCAAAGUUGAACACAAUACUAUUCUGCCAAGCAGUAAAAGAAUUGCGCACAUUUGGCAGAGACUCAAGUGUUGAAGACGAACCUACAAGCGCGUUUGAAACUCCUGUUGAUUCAAAAUUGGGGAGUGGAACCGUCGAAUCUAUGGGAGAUACAAGCAUAAAAUGGACACCAGCCAACAUCGGGGUCGGUGACUAUUUCGGUGGUUCAAUUCCUUCAGUACCUCCUGCCCAUCACGAAAGUCGCGACAGACUCUGCUUCACGGACAAUUUCGAUCCUCAGAAAUGGUGCUAUGAGGAGACUGGUCAGACCGUCAUGAUACCUGUGUGCAAUGUGCUGGGAGCAGCAACGGAGGGGGCGGGGAGAACGGGGGCGAAAGAGGUGGAUGUCUACGGAGAUGCGAGAUAUCGCAGCAAAGAUGAAGUGCGAUUACAGAUCUGGACGGAGCGUUCAUGGGACGGCAGUAGAAUGACACGAUCAGACGGCCGUUCUGUGUCGAGCAAAAUAACAUACGCGGUACCCAGGAGGAAGGAAUCGACUCAGUCCGACGUUAUCGCUCGAGCGCGCCAAUAG